AUGUUCGCUCCUCCACUCGAUCCGAACUUGUAUUACCCCAAUGGGGUCCCACGACGCCAAGCUCCUCCUCAGGGAGGACCCUAUUCGGGAGGAAAUAGCGGGACUUCCUCCCCCGGAGGUAACCGUUACCUAUCGCCAGAGGAAAUCCAGCAAGAGUCGAUGCGCAGGACGGCGUCCGCCUCUGGAUCGAGUAACCCUUUACUUGGUGGGAUUCCGGAAAUCCGUUUACCCACAUUUAAUUUCGACCAGCUCCUACAGGGGUUGUUACGAAUGUUAGGUCUGUCGCAUACGAUGCUAAGGGAUAUGCUGAUUCAGUUUCUGCUUCUGGUUUGCGGUUUGGUGUUUCUCUUCUGUCAAGAGCCGGGGAUGGCGGGAUUGUGCCUGAUUUUAUACUAUACAUGGUACUGCUACUACUUUUUUAACCUAUUUUGCCUUCAGACGCUCAUUAAUCAGCUACGGAUCAGUUGGAUUUCAGAUGCUGGAUAUUCAGAUAUAUGAGAUUAUUCAUCGACCGCUAAAUCAUAUCCAAAAUCCAUUGAUUCACUACCACAUAAUAAUUUCUUCUUUGUGCUUCAAUACACAGGUACCUCUACCUCCAGCUAACGUAUGGACUUGCGUCCCAUCUUUUCAACGAUAAUGUGGACAAUGGCCCAUCAGAACUACGGGGUAGUAGUGCAGGAGAUGUAGAAGCUGCUUCUAUCGACGGAAACGAAGGUACUACUCGAGAAGAAGGAGCUUUUCCGACUGUUGAUGCAGCUGGUGCUGCCAGCUCUUCCUCUACGACGGUGAUGACGAAUCCACAGGGUGAUCUAUCGAUUCCGUUGCUAGGUGGCGAUGUAGAUCUGGAACGCGGCUUAUCGAAUACGUCGUCCAACGCGGCUUAUGCGGCUGAGGGAUUCUUCGUUUAUCAACGACAUCAACAACAGCCACAUCUUGCGCACAGUCACAGUGCUGGCAGCAGCAUCGACGAAAUGGGUCGGACGUCUUCUUCGCGACCUUUUGGCCUUUCUUCAAGUUCAACCGCACAUCUUCAAGGACCUAAUGGUAGCCGUGGUAGCAGUGGUACCGCCUCACAGUGGUCCGGCGGUCAGAGUCCACGUUCCAUCGCGUCUGAGCAGGAAUUGGAAUCCGGGUAUGCCUCUCCGCCUGAUGAGUUCUUUUCAGGCGCUUCGGGACGUGCAUCCGCAAAAUACAGCAAGAGUAAAGCAAACGGGGUUGCUCUCGACACCGACGGCGUGAACGCGAAUGAUGAAGAGGUGAACGAUGACGUGCGCAUCACUGUAGAUCUGGAAGGCAACAAGAUUCUUCUCAACGCUGACAACCUGCCCAAAGCGAAGCAGAAAAUUCAGCGUGCUGGAGCAGGUAAGGGCAACUCCAGUAAGAGAUCAAAAAACACGUCACAUCAAGGAGGCUCAUCUUCUUCUACUUCUACCGGUUAUGUUCUCGGAAGUGGCGCAAGAGGAUCGAGUGGCGUUUCGCACCUGAUUGGCUCGUUUUCAACGUCGCCACGCGGCGACCCAGAGUUCGAUCUGAAAGUCGAAGAAGUCUGA